GGCCUGUGUGCGUUUGCCUCACGCUUCGAUUUCCUGUUACUUCCUUGCUAGAUCCAGGCCUUCGUUGGCUUAGUUUUGACUCACGGGAUCUUUCAAAAAGGCUAGCUAGUCUCCAGGGCCCACAUCGAAGCCCAUCUGCAGCUUUCGUGAAUUCGAACCUGAUCUUGUCAACCCCGCCGCCACAGGAACCGCUCCCGUCGGCAGCCUACAUACUCCGCACGAGCGACCCUUUUCACGCACGCGAAAAGCUUGACCGACGAAAUGGCGCCUAAGAAGGGAAAGAAGAAGCAGCAGGACGACGACUGGGAGGCCGAGCUCGGCGAGACCGUCACCACCGAGAACGAUGCUCUCGCGCAGGAGGCCAAAGCCGCAGAGGAAGCUGGCGCUGAAGAGGAUGUGGGUGGUGGCCUGAUGGCCGCCCUCCAAAGGCGCGGCAAGAAGAAGAACAAGAAGGGCGCAAACCCGGAUAUCGAGGGCGAAGACGCACCGGCUGCCGACGGCGGCGACGACUUCGCGGACAAGGCACCUCAGGAGGCCAACUUCGACGACGAUGACGACGAUGUUUUUGCUGGAAACUACGGCAAGAAGAACAAGAAGAGCGGAGCUGCACAGAAGGACGAGCCUGCGCCAGAGACAUCGCCGACCGAGGCGCCACGCAUGAAGACCAAGGCCGAGAAAGAGAAGGAGAAGAAGGAGAAGGAGAAGCAGCGUAAGAAGGAGAUGGCUGCGAAGAAGAAGACGUCCGCUCCCGCGAAACCUGAAGCCAAAGCGCCCGAGGCCAAACCCGUCGAGGCCGCUGCACCCACACCCGAGGCCGCUGCGCCCGCGGCCGGCGGCAAGAAGAAGAAGGUCCCUGCUGCCCUUGCCGCCCUUCAGAAGCAACAGGAGGCGCUGCGCAAGCAGCAGGAGGAGCAGGCCCGCCUCGAGGCUGAGGACAAGGCUCGCGCCGAGGAAGAGGAGAAGCUCGCCGCUGAGGAGCAGAAGCGCAAAGAAGAGGCCAAGGCCGCUAAGAAGCAGCGCGAGAAGGAGAAGAUCGAGCAGCUCAAGAAGGAGGGUAAAUACAUGACCAAGGCGCAGAAGGAGGCCAAGGCCAAGGCCGACCUGCGCCUGAAGCAGAUGCUCGAGAGCGGUGUCAAGGUCGCAGCGCUUGAGGGCGAGCCGGAGGCACCCAAGAAACCCAAGUACGAUGACCGCAAAAAGAGGAAGCAACAGCAGGAGCAGAAGGAGCGCGAGGCUCGUGAGGCUGAGGAGGCUGCGAAGAAGCUGGCGGAGCUGAAGCUGGCCGAAGAGCAGGCCGCCAAAGCUGCUGCUGAGGCCGAGAAGGCCAAGGCUGAUGCAGAUGCUAAGAAGGGCGACGACGGGUCCGAUCUCGGCGACUGGGAAGCUCAGGCUGACGAGAUGGACGGCGUCAAGGACAGCUGGGACGCCGAGUCUGAGGACGAGGCAGACAAGGCCGAAGCUGCCAAGGCUGCUGCAGCGAAGGCCGUAGAGCCAGCGGGCAAGGCGGUCGCGAAGCCUGCUGCGACAGCCGCAGAUUCCGACUCGGAUUCUGAUUCGGAAGACGACUCUGAGGAUGACAGCGAGGACGACUCUUCCGAGGAUGAGCAGGGCACUGCUACACAGAGGGCGGAGGCCGCACGCAAAGAGGCUGCCGCUGCACGACGAAAGGAGGCACACGAGGCUGCUCUGGCCGAGCGCUCCAAGGACAACCUGCGAUCACCCAUUUGCUGUAUUCUUGGUCACGUCGAUACGGGUAAGACAAAGCUACUUGACAAGAUCCGCCAGACCAACGUCCAGGAGGGCGAAGCCGGAGGUAUUACUCAGCAAAUCGGUGCCACCUACUUCCCCGUCGCGGCUCUCGAGAAGAAGGUCGCCGUGGUCAACAGGGACCACAGCUUCAAGUUCAACGUCCCCGGUCUUCUCGUCAUCGACACACCUGGGCACGAGUCUUUCACCAACCUGCGCUCUCGUGGUUCCUCGCUGUGCAACAUUGCCAUUCUGGUCAUCGACAUCAUGCACGGUCUUGAGCCGCAGACAAUUGAGUCGAUGAAGCUGCUCCGUGGCAGGAAAACACCCUUCAUCGUCGCGCUCAACAAGAUCGAUCGCCUCUUCGGGUGGAAGAAGAUCGACAACAACGGCUUCGAGGACUCAUUUAACCUGCAGAAGCAGUCGGUGCAGUCGGAAUUCGAGGAGCGCUGGACCUUUGUCCGCACACAGCUGGCCGAGCAGGGAUUCAACUCGGAGCUGUUCUUCAAGAACAAGAACAUAUCCAAGUACGUGUCGGUAUGCCCGACGUCGGCGCACACGGGUGAGGGUAUCCCCGACAUGAUCAAGCUCAUCGUCUCGCUCACGCAGAGCCGUCUUACCAACAACCUCAUGUACCUCUCCGAGGUCGAGUGUACCGUUCUCGAAGUCAAGGUGAUCGAGGGUCUCGGCACAACAAUCGACGUCAUCCUGUCCAACGGUGUCCUGCACGAAGGCGACCGGAUAGUGGUGUGCGGUAACCCCGAGCCGAUCGUCACCAACGUGCGUGCGCUCCUCACACCCGCCGAGAUGAAGGAACUGCGCGUCAAGUCGGUGUACGUACACAACAAGGAAGUCAAGGCGGCGAUGGGUAUUAAGAUCGCGGCGGAUGGUCUCGACAACGCCAUUGCUGGUUCGCGGCUGCUCGUCGUCGGCCCCGACGACGACGAGGAGGACCUCAUGGACGAAGUCAUGGGCGACCUCGAGCACCUGCUCAGCAAUGUGUCCAAGUCCGGUCGCGGCGUGUCGGUGCAGGCGUCGACGCUCGGUUCUCUCGAAGCGCUCCUCGAGUUCCUCCGCGUAUCCAAGAUCCCCGUAUCGACCAUCUCAAUCGGCCCUGUAUUCCGCAAGGACGUGCUGCGCGCGGGCGUGAUGCUCGAAAAAGCCAAAGAAUACGCGGUAAUGCUCUGUUUCGACGUCAAAGUCGACAAAGAAGCCAAAGCGUACGCAGAGGAAAUCGGCGUCAAAAUCUUUGAAGCAGACAUCAUCUACCACCUCUUUGACAAAUUCACAGCGCACAUGAAACAGCUGGAAGAGCAGCGCAAAGAAGAAUCCAAAAUGCUCGCCGUCUUCCCCUGCGUUCUGCGACCCGUCGCAGUCUUCAACAAAAAAGACCCCAUCGUCAUCGGCGUCGACGUCGUCGAGGGCAAUCUGCGCAUCACAACGCCCAUCUGCGCGGUCAAGAAGAACCCCGUCACCGGCGCAAAGGAGAUCAUCCAGCUCGGCAGAGUCACCUCCAUUGAGCGCGAUCACAAGCAGAUCCAGAUCUGCAAGCGCGGGUCCCCCAGUGUCGCGGUUAAGAUCGAGGGGCCUAAUCAGCCCAUGUAUGGACGCCAUCUUGAGGAGGAUGAUACGCUGUAUGCGGCGAUUAGUCGGAAGAGUAUUGAUACGCUCAAGGAGUUUUUCCGGAAUGAUGUUAGUCAGGAGGAGUGGAAGCUGUUGAUUCAGCUCAAGACGCUGUUUGACAUUCAGUAGCGUGGCACAAAGUCAAGUAGCGGAGCGGAGUGGAGUGGAGCAGAGUGGAAUGGAGUGGAGUGGAAUGGAGCGGAAUGGAGUGGAAUGGAGUGGAGUGGAGCGGUGUGAUGGUGGUGGUGGUGGUGGUGGAGGUGGAGGUGGAGGUGGUGCGGAACAUGACGGCACGAUGUAAGUGAGUGUAUGAGUGUAUGAUGAGAGGGGAUUCCUUGCGCCCUCACUCGACAUGAUUUGAGACAGCACUCAUAGCAAGGCAGUGAAGAAGAAGAAAGAUGCUUCAUCCUAUGCAACUAGAUAUCGGUAAGGGUUUAAAAGAUGUGCAGGUUCCAUUGUACAAUUCGCCUCUCCUCACUACACAUGGCGCCUCUCCCUCACUACACACGACGCCUCUCCCUCACUACACACGACGCCUCUCCCUCCCUACACACGGCGCCUCC